GGUUGUAAGCCUUGGCAUGGUGGGUUUAGGCAGAAAUAGGACACAGCCUUGGCUACACUUGUCCCCACCACAACAUUUUUUGUCACUCUUUAGCCACCGCGCAACGCACCUCCUUUCAAAUUGAGAACGCAUUCUCAUCUGGAAUAUGCCUAGGGUCCACGCCUACUGCCCUUAACCAACCUGCGCUCCCCGAAAUGCCAUGGUCUGGUCUAGUCUAGACUGUCUCAUCCGCGGAGACACAUUUUUCUCUCGAGUGUUUUUACAAUUUUAGGCUACAGUCGUAUGUGAAAUUUGCAUUCAGCAGCGUAGUAGUUAAAGUGGUACUGAAUGCGUUGUUUUAUGUUCUGUGUGUUGCCCGCACUCCAGCAGACCGCUACAGUAGGAAGAUGGCGUCGGAGGGAGCGAGCGGGGAACAGCGUCCUCCGGUACAAACACUGGCAACAACAGUGCUUGGAAGUGUCGAAGCGAAAUGUGAGUUUAACAUGGAUAAUCUGAGCAAGCCGGAGCUCCUGACCCUGCUCAGCAUCAUGGAGGGGGAGCUGGAGGCCCGGGACCUGGUCAUAGAAGCCCUGAGGGCGCGGCGUAAGGAUGUGUUCCUCCAGGAGCGUUACGGCCACUUCAGUCUGACGGACCCCUUCCUGGCCCUGCAGAGGGACUUUGACUGUGUCCCUGGGGGGGACAAAGAACGCCGGCCAGUUGGCUCCAGCCCCAUCUCAGUCCUGGAGGCAGUCAUGGCGCACUGCAGGAAGAUGCAGGAGAGGAUGUCAGCACAGCUGGCUGCUGCCGAGAGCAGGCAGAAGAGGCUGGAGAUGGAGAAGCUACAGCUGCAUAGUCUGGAGCAGGAGCACCGUAAACUAACCGCCCAGCUAAAGGACGAGCGGGAGAAGAACAAGCACAUGGUUAUGAUGCUGGUGAGGGAGUGCAAGCAGCUGGCGACGCGCGUGGUGGAGGAGUCGCAGCGCUUCGACGAGAUUUCUGCCCGGCUGGAUGAGGAGAGCCGCUUGGCCGGGCGGCUGCAGGAGGAGUUGACAGCAGAGAGGCAGCGUGGACAGCAGAUGGAGGCCAAGAUGGAGAAGCAGCUGUCAGAGCUGGACACUGAACGCGAGCAGCUGCGUGCCAGGCUGGGCCGAGAGGAGACAGAGAGCCUGAGCCUGCGCCGGCAGGUAGAGCAGCUCAGGACUGAACGGGAUGGUAAGGACGUUAACGACGGUAAGGAUGGUAAAGCCGGUAUCCCAGCCCAACCGGCUGCAGCUACUGCUGUGGAUCCCACCUCUACCACCAACCCCCCACCUCCCAAAAACACAGCAUCUGUUGCUGUGGCCACAGACCCAGUCAGCUCCCAGACGGCCUCCUGCCAAACGGACCUGCCCCCUCCAGAGGCCGAGGGGCAGAAGAAGACGAUCCCCCUCACCAUCCCUGUAAAACCCACUCCCACCAACUACGCAGGCCUCAGCCUGCCCAAGACGCCCAGCGCAGGCCGGGGGCUGGUCCACAGCAGCUCAGGAGGACUUCUUCAAACAGGGGAGAAUGGAGCCGAGGGCCAGACGCCCCAUGGUGGGUUAUACUCCCCUGCCCCCACUUCAGCCCUGCCCAUGGGGGUGAGCCCUCGUGUCCAGGCUGCCCGCUACAAGUUCCAGGAGCAGGACCAAAACGGCACAUCCUCCCAGAGCAGCCCGCCGACCCGUGACCUAUCCCCCACCAACCGAGACAACUUUGCCGCCAAGCAGCAAGCGCGACACACCGUCACGCAGGUCCUCUCACGCUUCACCAGCCCCCCAGCAGGUGGCCCCGGAGCCCUCCGUCCCGGCCUGCCCCACUCCACCUCAGAAGGGGGGCCCUUCCCUGGCCGCCUGGGCCACCCCAUCGGCCUCAAGUCCCCCACAGUGGCGAGGAUCGACCGGGGAAACCCGCCCCCCAUCCCGCCCAAAAAGCCGGGUCUCUCCCAGACCCCCUCCCCUCCCCACCCGCCCAUCAAAGUGGUGGGGGACAGCAACCGUUCCCCCGGGGCGGGGUUAAAACCCGGCAUGCCCCAGCUGCCGCCCAAACCCGCCCUGGACCUGGUCCCAGCUUUGACGGCGUCUCAGGCUGGCGUCCCUCCAUAGUCCCCUCGCUAAACUGCGGUGGGCCCGUUGCCCUGGACGACGGGCGCCCCCUGCUCCUCCAAGCUGCUUCCCAGGAAAUGUCACUUUAUUGUCAAUGCUGCUUAACCGAGAUCCAACGGAUAAUAUUAGUCUCCUUGAAGACCACCCAACCUCUGCUUUGUUUUCUGCUGCUCAAAAUGGACGCUCAGACUGCGUUAACCUGCUGCUGACUUCGGGGGUGUCUACUGAUGUUUCUGAUUUAAACGCCUUUACACUUUGCCGCCUCACAUGGACACCACAGGUGUGUGGAGGCCCUAGUGUUCGGUGGGGCUGAUGUGGACCAAAGGGCCAUUGGGGGAAGACCCCUCUGUUCAUGGCCAGCAGAGCCGACAGGCUGGACUGUACCAGUGCCUUGGUCAACGCCGGGGCCGACCGCUCAAGAGCCACCACCGACAGCUGCAAGGGUCUCCACGAGGCAUUCAGCUUGGGACAUGUAGACACUCUGCCACCCUGCCUCUGACUGUACCCACACCAUGACCCUAACCCUGACUGUACCCACACCAUGACCCUGACUGCAACCAUAGUCCUGGUCCUGCCACGAUCCCGGUCCUGUCUAGCACCUUGCUCAACCAGGAUAACUGUGAGGGCUGGACCACUGCACACAUCACUGCUGCCAGGGGCUUCAAGACGUAUCCUCCAACCAGAGCCAAGUUUACCGAGGUGUUGCGGUCUAUUUUGAGCUGUAACACAACACGGUCCAAACAGCUGCUGUCCCUGACCGCCUCCUGACCGCCUCCUGAUUCAAGUUUGAAUUUCCCCUUGUCAGCAUGAUGGAAUGGAUGGCACCCAACGGAAUACCAAGCACCCAGCGACUCCCUGCUGAACCGAAUCACUUAUAUACAUGUGAAUCUUUCUUAUUCUCUCUGAUAAAUCGCUCUUACAGUGUAAGUUGAUUCCAGGGGAAUCACUAUGGGAAGUAUGGGUCUUAAGAAAAAUUGUUUUCAUUUGAUUCACUGAAUGAAUCACCGGCCCUCUGUUAUCUCUCAACGUUACUCACUAUUUAAUUGGACAUUUAGGAGUAAAUAGUAGAUGAAUAGCAGGCUGUAAAAUAAAACAAACUUUUUUUUGUUAAGAAUACAUUUUUGUCUUAUGAAUGACUGUCAAUAAAGUUUAAUUUAGUUGUAUUCACAUUCACAGGUAAAAGCUGAAUUGCAGUGACUGUUGGGUGAAUCGUUUUGGAAAUAAUUGACUCCUUGAUAGCUGAUUAUUGAUAUCGGGGCUCUUCCAGGAACCUGGCAUUGCAGCUGGUGUAGCAAAGGUCAUAGACACACACACACACACACACACACACACAC